AUGUCCGGUGUCGAAGCAAUUGUUGGAGUGGUCAGCGCUGGUGCAGGAUUAGUCGCACUCAGUAUUCAACUAGGAGAGUCUGCAAUGAAGCUGAAAAGACUAUCUCAGGCCGCGAAGGAUGCCCCAGGUACUAUCGAAAGGUUAUUGUUCGACCUCGAGACUAUGAGCCUCGCACUGGGCCAGCUUGAACAGCACAGACGCCAUGAUACUCAUAGUGAAGCUCUUAUGACCCGCUGCAUCACGCAAUGCCAACAGUAUGUGCAAGAUAUUCAGCAAUUGGCCGAUAACCUGGAUCGCUGCCUUACAAGACAUGCCAGGGUCCGUGGCAGGUUAUACACAGCAUUCAAGGAACGAGACGUGAAGGAGCUACUUGGUGAUCUCGAACGUGCAAAGAGUUCACUGAACCUUGCUUACAUGAUGUACAUGGGCGUAGAACAACAGAAACUCCAUCAGGAGCAUCGCAAUAUGCUGUGCAGUCUCCAGGACCUGGUGACUGUCGGAAGCGCCAAUAUCUCACAGCAAUUGACACUACUCCUGCCUUCUUCAGAGCAUGCACCUCGGCAUCCACAAAAUGUUCCUAGAAGCCAUCUAGACGAAGGUAACGAAAUGUCAUUGACGGCAACGUACGGACCUAAUACAUUGUCGAUGACAACUGCACGGAAUCACAGCCAACUUUGCAACAGUGCGGGCCUUACCAUAAGAGCCAAGCGAAAGAACGAAAGACCACGCUUUCGUGCCCGUUUAAAUUUUCCAACUUGGCUUUCGUCUCGUGUCUGGGAUGUCGCUUUAGUCGGUGCUCAAAGUGGCUGGAAUAUUCAAUUUCGUACAUAUAACUGGGUUCCUGUCGACGCCCCGGUAUUCGAAUACGCUAAGCGGGGCGAUCUUCAGCGCAUGCGCCGGCUUAUUGACAGUGGAGAGGCGUCACCACUGGACAUGUCGAAGCCUUAUGAUGAAGCGCAACAUUGCGAGACCUUACUUGAGGUCGCAGCAGACUAUGGGUGGCUUGAAAUUUGUCGUUACCUUCUGAGCCUAAUAACCUUUCCAGAUCAAGGAACAAUUUUGAGCAAAAGUCUGAACCGUUUCGGCUUUUAUAGCGGCCCUUCGGUGGAUGUGUACCGACUCUUCAUGGCGGCACCCGGAUUCGAUGUUGACAUUUAUGAUCCCUUCAUUGGAGAACACUGGCUGCGUUAUUGCCCCAACCUGCAUUGCCUCAACGUGAUAAUGGAGUAUCAAGGCCUCGAACUCUCCUGUCGCUCACUGGCUGCUAGGUUCGAGUUGGCCGUCAAUCUCCGCUCGGUGACGUUCUCGGACUUUCUCGGAUGUAUCGAGCUACAACAAUCAGAUCGAGAACUGGCACAUCUUCGGGAUAGCAUCGGCAGGUCUGCGUUGCAUUAUGUUGCGAGUCGGCUUGCUCUGGAUGCAUUUGAGCCUGCCUUCCAGGAAUGGUUCGACUUCGGAGUGGGUCUUUUACGAAAUGGUGCUGAUCCGUGCAACAUAGCAGCAGACGUCAGAGGUCAGGAUGGCUGGCAGAGCACACCCUUGUUAACAUACCUGCAUGCCCGUCAUGGGCUGCGGCGACUGUGUGAUGUUUCGGUUGAAACAGAAUGCAUUGAUUUUUGGAUCAACAUGCUUCAGGUGGCUGGGAUAGAUCUCCUCCAGUAUGGGGCCAAAGAGAGCAAGAUCUGGGAGUCGUUUCGUUGUGGAAAUAGCCUGGACAUCGAUAUGAUAGGACUCUGGUCGCCUUUGGAACGCUUAGAUCUGCAAGUGAAGCGAUUGCUGUACGGACCUACACCUGCAGAUUGGGGUGUCGAGUUCUUCCGCAUCCGAAUUGUUCGAGUGCACAAGCUCCAGAAACUGCCAGGGGCAUACUCUAGUGGAUGUGACAACCCUGACAGAAUCAUCUGGAAGCCAUACGAGGUCGAGGAAAACGAAGGUGUGUGGAAGGUCAUUGCAAGGAAGACAUUGGUGUCGGCCCUUGUGGACUCGCGGAGAAUGUCCUCUCGUACGAGAGAGCCGUUUCUUGGCAUCCUGGACGAUUCACAGGAUGAUUCAGGCGUCAUCGCUCUGAUGCAGCGGCGAGCAACUCUGAAGCGCGAAAAAGGGCUGAGAUAUCGACAGAGGUCGCGUAGCCAGCCUCCCAUCCUUCAGCGAAGAGAAGUGGCAUACUGCGCGCAACAAGAACCCCACAGUCGGAAAUGGCUGGGUCCUUGUCAUCUAUGCCCUUUCGACUCACGUUGGAAAUUUGGUUGCCACAGGGUUGUUGAGGAGGUACUGUGUGACAAUCGUGCUGGGGAUGUGUUCGAUGUCAGGAGCUGUGUUCUAGGUUUGUCGCUUUAUGAGGCUUCAGCGCAAGAGUCCUGGGAUUGGCAGGAAUACAGUUUCCUCGCCGACGUUGCUCGGUGUCAAGAUGAGAGAGUCUACAGCUUGGCCAUGACAAAGGGAGGGCACACCGGGACUGCUGACUGUGCCUGGGGCUGCGCCAAGGUUUCGUUGAACCAGCUUCAUGUACCAGAAUCUCUCCGGCCUGGUCACCCGCAACGCUUGUUCAAACAAUCAUUGCUGACAUGA